AUGGAAUUUGCUAGGAUCGGACCCUCCGACCCCGGUGGCUCCUCCCGCCGCUCCGACGCUCCCAUUAUUGCCAAACCAACCUCUUCAUCACCCACCACCUCCCCCUCCAAUAAGAAGAAGCUCAUCUUCCUGGCACUUGUUGCCGUUGUCUUAAUUGUCGGCUCCGCCAUCUCUGCUGGCAUUGUCAUCGGUGGCCGGUCCCGUGGCUCGGGCAAAAAUGGGGUCGCCAUCCGGGGGAAGCCCACCGAGGCAAUUUCUCGGACCUGCAGCAAAACCCAGUACCCCAAUCUGUGUGUGAACUCUUUGCUCGACUUUCCGGGUUCAACGACGGCAACGGAGGAAGAACUUGUCCACAUUUCCUUUAACAUGACCCUGCAGCACCUGAGCAAAGCUCUCUACACCUCCACCGGGAUCUCCUACGUCCAGAUGGAUCCACUCGAACGAUCGGCGUACGGGGACUGCCUCGAGCUCCUGGAGGAUUCCGUGGACGCUCUAGCACGCUCCCUCGCCUCCGUCGCCCCCUCCGCGGUCGACGGCAGUAUCAAAGAGGCUGGUUCCACCGACGAUGUCAUGACGUGGCUGAGCGCCGCGCUCACAAGUCAAGACACGUGUACGGAGGGGUUCGCGGAGACGAGUGGGUCCGUGAGGGAUCAGAUGGCCGGUAAUUUGAAGGACUUGUCGGAGCUGGUGAGCAAUUGCCUGGCGAUAUUCUCGGCGAGCGGGAACGAGGGCGGCGAUUUCUCGGGGGUGCCCAUACAGAACAGGAGAAGAUUGAUGGGAGAGAAUAGUGCGGAUGAGUGGGGCAGGAAUAAUCCGGGUAAUUUUCCGAAAUGGCUGAGCAGACGAGACAGGAGACUGUUGAGCCUGCCAGUGUCGGAGAUUCAAGCCGAUAUUAUAGUGUCCAAGAAGGGGGACGGAACAUUGAAGACGAUCGCGGAGGCCAUCAAGAAGGCGCCGGAGCAUAGUAGGCGGCGUUUCAUUAUUUACGUGAGGGCAGGAAGGUACGAAGAGAAGGAUUUGAAGGUGGGGAAGAAGAAAACCAAUUUGAUGUUCAUAGGGGACGGUAUGGGCGAGACGAUCAUCAGGGGCCAAAGAAAUGUUAUGGACGGCCUCACCACAUUCCACACUGCCUCCUUCGCUGCGACUGGCGCCGGUUUCAUCGCGCGAGACAUAACAUUCGAGAACUACGCCGGUCCGAGCAAGCACCAAGCUGUGGCCCUCCGUGUAGGGGCCGACCACGCGGUGGUUCACCGCUGCGAGAUCCUGGGAUACCAGGACACAUGUUAUGUCCAUUCCAACCGUCAGUUCUUCCGCGAAUGUCGCAUUUAUGGAACAGUUGACUUUAUUUUCGGCAACGCUGCGGUUGUUUUCCAAAACUGCAGUCUCUACGCUCGGAAGCCGAUGGCCCAGCAAAAGAACACCAUCACGGCCCAGAACCGAAAAGACCCGAAUCAGAACACGGGCAUAUCCAUCCAUAAUUGCCAGAUCCUUCCCGCCCCGGACCUUGUGUCGGAGAAGGGGAGCGUCUACACCUAUCUUGGCCGUCCGUGGAAAUUAUACUCUAGAACUGUGUAUAUGCUAUCAUUCAUGGACGAUCACAUACACCCACGUGGCUGGCUGGAGUGGGACGCGUCAUUUGCUUUGGACACGUUGUACUAUGGCGAGUACAUGAAUUAUGGGCCGGGUGCUGCUAUUGGAAAUCGUGUCAGGUGGCCGGGGUAUCGGGUCAUCACCUCACCUUUGGAGGCAAAACGGUUCACGGUGGCAGAAUUCAUAUCUGGCUCCUCCUGGCUGCCGUCGACGGGAGUGGCAUUUUUGGCCGGGCUGUCUACUUAAAACCAGGGAAGGUUUGGCUUGUGUCGUGGUCCAAACACACUCAUUGGCAGCAACUCUAUUUGCUUAGAAUCUUAAUUCUUAGAUGUACUUAGUUAAUAUAGCUUUUCGGGUCUAAUUGUUAAUUUUUUCAAUGAUGUGAGAAUAAAUAUGCUGUAAACAGGGAUAGGUGUUGUAAUCUUGGCAUGACUGAAGUGUUAUGCAUUUGACACACAGCAGUUGUAGCAAUAAGGAGGGAAAAAAUGGCAAUAUUAUAAUUUCAGAAGGUUAACUUGUUCGUCCAAUUCUGCUCACACCACGUGGAUUGCGUGGCCCACUAUUGAAGCUCAGAUUAAUGAGCGUUAACGGCGCGCGUGAUUGGUCCUUGACAUGGAAGACCAGCUCGGAGGGGCCGAAGGGGCCCCCCGCUUUGCUGGCAUCAUUUGUAUUUGACAGUCAACAUUACAAUUUUACUGUUAUAUUUUUUUUAUUAAUUAUUGACAUAUUUGUCUUCGAACGAUCGCAUUCUGUCAGGAAAGUAGAUGGGUUCCAUAAAAUUUGUAUCUUCUCCAUCAAUGCUUCCUCAAAUGAAGAAUAUUAA